GUCUCAGCACAAGAUCUCUCCUUCCAGACCUCUGGGCGUCGAUAAUGCAUCAGAAUCACACGACAUCGGCAGAGCCCCGCCCAAGUACAGGCCCAUCGGCUUCAGCUCACCAGCCCUCAGCGGCACUCGUUGAGGAACUGGAGCAGGCCAAGAGGGAGCUCGUCCAGCGAGAUUUUGCCCUUCAGAGCAUCACCAGAAGCCUGCAGAACGUGUCGAGGUUGGCACAGGAUGAUCGGCAGGAGGUGGUCCGGCUGAGACAGGUCCUCAACUCCGAGGGAGGGAGAGGAAACAGCAGCCGCCCGGCCCGGCAGCUGCCCGCCGUCUCUAAGUCUGCCGACGGGACCAGCACGUCGCCUUCGAGCGACAAAGACCGCGACAACAAGCCUGCCAGGGCGCACAAGUACCACGAUGCAGCGGUCGACGACUUCCAUCUGACGCCUCCCCUCAACCACACCCUCUCCGCCAGUCUCUCCGAUCUGUUGCUGCGGGGCAUGCCGUCGAAAGCCAAGAAGGAAGAGCCCACUCGGCCACACGUUAGCCUCGAGAGCCGGAUCAAAUCGUCACACAUCUACCGGCAAUUGGAGGCCCAAAAUCAGAAGUUGACUGAGCACCUGCGAGAGAGCGAGGAGCAGAGGAAGGGGCUUGAAGCGGAGCUUGCUGCCGUCAGGGCACGGUGCAGCACGGCAAAAAAGAGGGCGACCAAGGUGAUCGCGGAGAGGGACAGGCUCCAUCAGAUGUGGAACACACAGAAGGAGUGGGCAGAGAGGCUGGAACAGGGCAGGGAAAAGCUUGAGCAGGGCAAAAGAGACCUUGAGAGACAGCUGAAGCAGCACAUCGAGGUGAGAAGGCGGCGUACACAAAGAGAAGGCAAAAAGCAAUGGCUGCACUGUCCAUAUGCUGGACUGCAGCGCUAUAGUGCAUGCGAGAAAGCCGCAGACGAAACUGCCGCACAGUUGGCGGACGAGAGACAUGCGAUUAUUAGAAAAGACAUGCUCUACGAAGACAUUCUUGCCACUGCAACACGAAAGGUAUAAAGGAGGUCUAGAUAUGCUGUCCUGACGUGGACACUUAUUAGCUUUUCUUGCUUGCAGAUUGAGCGACUGGAGGCCGACCUCACCGCAGCGACGGAGGAGACACGACGAGAAUCUGCAAUGCGAUCCACCAUCGAAAGGCACUCCAAACGCGAGAUUGACACAUGGGACGCCAAAUGCAGCCAGCUGCAGACUACAUGUGAUGAGCUUCAAAGGGCUUUGGAGUCCUUGGCAGCCGAGAAAGUACCUUGCCGAUCCUCAGAGGCCCAGACGAUAGACACGAUAGACACCUUGGCUGGCGACGCUGAGCCUGCCCUCCCCCCUCCAGUUUCUAUUGCUGACGGAUCCACACAGACCGAGAUUAGGGAGCUGUCAGCAGUCCGCUGCCUCGAUUCUUUCUUCCAGUGCCCACAGUGCAGCGGCCCGCUCGACCGUCCCGUCACCUACCUGCCGUGUGGCUGCAGCAUUUGUGAGGGCUGCUUUGUUAAGGGAUUAGAGCGAAAGCAGGGCAACAUGAGCGACAUGGUGUGUGAGGUGUGCUGCGGGACGGUGUAUCGGGCUUUCGAGAAUCCGCCGUUGCAAAGGCUGCAGAAGGAGUGGAAAGAGAGCUCUGCGCCAUAGCAGUGACUAACUGUGCUGGGCCCGGGCAUCUGUGACUGUGUCUGUGCGUUUGACU